AUGCGCACAGAAAAACCCGUUCCAAAACUUUAUCCUUAUUUAAGAGAAUGUCGUCACGUUGAUUGCUAUGAGCGACUUAAUCACAUUGAAGAAGGAUCUUAUGGUAUCGUCUUUAGAGCACGUGAUAAAGAAACAAACGAUAUUGUUGCUCUGAAGAAACUAAAGCUACAGCCUGAAAGUGGUGGAUUUCCUGUUACAAGUUUACGAGAAAUCCACGCAUUAAUGACUAUUAAACAUCCAAAUAUUGUUAAUGUGAGAGAGAUUGUUGUAGGGAAUCAUAUGGAUCAAGUAUUUAUUGUCAUGGAUUUUAUUGAUCAUGAUUUGAAAGGAUUAAUGCAAGAUAUGCGGGCACCAUUCCUGCAAUCAGAAAUCAAGACAUUGAUGUUACAGCUUUUAUCUGCAGUAGCAUUGUUACAUGAUAAUUGGAUUAUUCAUCGUGAUUUAAAGACAAGUAAUUUACUAUUAAAUAAUCGAGGCGAGAUUAAAGUGGCCGAUUUUGGUUUAGCUAGAAAAUAUGGUAGUCCUUUGGGUAAUAUGACCCAAUUGGUUGUUACAUUAUGGUAUAGAGCACCAGAGUUAUUAUUAGGUGCAAAAGAAUAUACAACCGCUAUCGAUAUGUGGUCAGUAGGAUGUAUCUUUGCAGAAUUAAUCAAUAAUGAGCCUUUAUUUUCGGGUAGAAGUGAAAUUGAUCAAUUAGAUAAGAUUUUCAAACUAUUAGGUAGCCCAACAGAAGAAGUAUGGCCUGGAUAUUCUCAGCUACCUCAUGCAAAGAAUAUAGCGCCUAUACAUCAACCAUAUAGUUCAUUAAGAAGUAAAUUUACUACGUUGACUCAAGCAGGCUUGGAUCUUCUCUCACGAUUAUUGACUUAUGAUCCUUCUAAACGAAUUACAGCAGAAGAGGCAUUAAAUCAUCCUUACUUUCAUGAAAGCCCUGCUCCUAAAGAUCCUUCUUUAUUUCCUACCUGGCCUUCUAAAGGAUCAGGGCACAAGUAA